UCCAAGCUAAAACCCUAGCAACUCUAUCUGAAAUCAAUUCUCAGAAGCAAUCAAACUCGAGCUUGUUCCUUCAUAACACCAAAAAGUUCAGACCUUUGAUUUGGUUUUGGAGCAGAAGCCAUGGCCGGAGAAACCCAAUUGGCAGAAGCAGCAAAAGGUCCAAACAAGAGGCGAAUAGGGAAGACGAAGGGCUCUAAAGCCAGAAAGAAAGCAAAGAAGAUGCCGCACGCGUCAGACGGCAGCAGAGCCGUGAAGCCCAAGAAGAUUGACCCCAAAAUGAAGAAGCUUUAUCGAAAACGGGCCAGAGAGUACGAUUCAGAGGAGGAGGAGAGUGGUGGGUCUGAAGAGGAAGGAGAAGUAAAAGAGGCGGAAGCUAAGGAGAGGCGUAAAGCAGAGGAAGGGUUCUCGGAUGAUGAGGAAGACGAUGAAGUUCAGCCCGGAAUUACGAAACUUUCAGAGGGGUGCAAUGCGUUUAGGUUGGCUUUCAGGAGCAUAAUCAAGAAGAGUGUUGCUGACGAUGUAAUGGGACCAGUGUUAUCGGGGAACAAGAAGCUUAUUGCAGAAAAGCUGGCUGAAGAGGAUGCUGAGCGCAAGGUCAAGGGAGAGGCUAAGGAAAAACAAUUGGUAAUAGAAAAGGGGCAUGUUGUUAAACCUGUCAACUAUGACCCGCAUGAAAAGUUUCUAAUUAGUCUUGCUACUAGAGGAGUGGUCACAUUGUUCAAUGCUGUCAGCAAGGCACAGAAUGCUCAGAAAGGACUGGAUCCUUCCAGGUUUAAAGAUGCAAAAGUGAUAAGAAAGCGGAGGAAAGAAGCCUUCUUUUCAGAGUUGGGCAAAACUAGUGCUUCUGCAAAGGCUCAGACGUCUAAAGGCUCAGUGGAGAAUGAAGGGCCUGCCUGGGCUCCAUUGCGAGAUAAUUUCAUGCUAACAAAUUCCAAGUUGAAGGACUGGGAUAAAAUGACGGAGCAAGUUGGGAAAGAUGACAUUGGAAGGAUGUCUGAAGAUAGUAGUUCGGACGAUGAUUAGUGCUGUGGAACUGCACGAACAGCUAUAUGCUGAUUCUUUGUUAGGCAUGCUUCGUCUACUUAAAUGUUAUCAUUGUAAUCACUACUACCUAAGAAUUUUGUUCCCAACUUCUAUUAUUUGUUAUAAAUGAGUGCUUUCAAGA